CCCCAGCCUACCUUCUCCGCCUUUCCCGGUCCAGUCGGGGGGUGGGGCAGGGGCGAAGGGCCGGACGCUUCGGUUUUCCCACUGACACUGAUAAUUCGCCGAUUCGUGGUUUGCUGCGCGCCUUUGCUUCCCCAGCCCCGUUUGCCCCCCAGGACCUGCGUGCGAGAGCAGCGCUAUUGUUUCCAUUUCCGUUAUACUGAGGGGGAAACUGAGUCUCGGGCGCCGCUUAAGAGUCACACCUCCACCAAGCGUCCGCAGCGACGUCUGCUGGAUGCAGCAGCUCCUUCUUGCCUCUCGAGCGGCCUAGGUCUUAGGAGCCAGAUCCAAGGCUGGGAGGGGCUCUCGAGGCCCCCCAGGCCAACUCCCUCGUUUUACCGUCGUCCUGAAAGCGGUCCAAGGAGUAGCGGUCAGCGUCUGGGGAAGGUCCAGAGAGGGGUGGUGAAAAUUCCAUCAUGGCAACUGGUGAUUUAAAAAGAAGCUUACGAAAUCUAGAACAAGGAAUUCGAUUGCUUGGUUAUCCUAGAGAGGUUGAUUAUUCAGGUUUAGUAAAAGGAGAUCCUGCAGCAUAUUUGCCUAUUAUCAGCCAUUCCCUGACUUCAUAUUCAACUUAUGUGGCGGAAUUUUUGGUCAUCUCCAAUACAGAACUCACAGCAAAGAAUGAUUAUCGAUUCAUUGAUUCUGUCUAUAAGCUUCUUCGAGAUAAAUUUCAUUAUAAACCAAUUUUGACAAAAAAGCAGUUUUUCCAGUAUGGGUUUGUUGAAUGGAAGAUACAGAUUGUCUGUGAUAUUUUGAAUUUAGUGAUGAAAAAGCACAAGGAACUGUGUAACCUGGAUAAGGCUGUAGUACAGAAAAAGAAAAUUCAUCCCGUCAAGUCAGAGACUUUUAUGAAUUUUGAGAAAACCCUUGUAGAGCCUGUUGUUCCUGACUUCACAUUCAGGGGUGUGCCUUCAGAGCAGAAAAAGCCAAUUGUGGAACGUCACCCAAAUAGUGAAAAUUUUUCUCACCUACUCUUUUCUGAAACUGAAGGUAAUGAAAAUUUUGAUGAACCUGGAAGAGAUGUUGUUGAAGUCACAUGUGAAUCACAAGACACAGAACUUAAUGCUAAGAUUGAAGAUCUACGGAGUAUGCUUGCUGAAUGCCAAGAAAAACUUAAAAAACAGAUAUUGAUAGAGGAUAAGUUACGUUAUUUGGAAGAACAACUGAAAGGAAAAGUGAUUAUGCAGGAACUGGACUCUGGUGUUAAUUCUGAAAUUGCAGAAAUACGGAAUAUUCUUGCUGAAUGCCAAGAAAAACUUAAAAAACAGACUUUGAUAGAGGAUAAGUUACGUUACUUGGAAGAACAACUGAAAGGAAAAGUUAUUAUAGAUGAAAUGGUCUGGAAUAAUCUUUUAAGUCGCGUCACCCUCCUUGAAACAGAAAUGCUGCUACACUUUAAAAAGCAUGAUGUACCUUUAGAAACUGUUGAUAUGAAAGAAGACCAUAAGUACAGCAGGAAUAGGGAUCUAUCAUCUCCUGGUAUCGAAUAUCCUUAUCACUUGGGAGGAUUCACUCACAACAACUUAUUACUUGAAGGAGGAAAAAAUGACUUGGCUGCUGAAAAAGAGCCUGUAAAAGGUACUUUAAAUCAUAAUGAUGGAAUUGUUCCCAUGACUGGAUCAGCUAUUGCAACUUCUUUGAUACUUCAUUGGAUCUCUAUUUCAUCUGUGUGGAUGCUCCCUCCAGUGGCAUAUACUGCAGCCCAUCCUCACCAUUCUCUGAGAUUCUUGUCCAUAACCUCCCGUGGAUGUCCUGUUCUAUAUACUUAUCAUCCUUUCUUCUUGUUUGAUAGAAAAAGGAAAGAGGAGAUGCCAGAGAGUCUUCAUCAGCCAUCAUCUGGAUACAACUUACUAUUUUCCACAGAUUCCUCUCCCCAACCCAGUACCAUUAAUUAUUUUGGUUUGACAGAAGCUUCAAAGGAGACAACAAUGGAGAAAAUAGAAAGGAUAAAAAAAAUGUUUCAAGAAACAGCUGACUUGUUGAAGUAUUCAAAUAACUCAUCUUAGAAAUAUCUCCAUGGACUUCUGAGACUUGACACUGGACGUUUAUUUUAAGUUUUAUCUGUAACAGUUUUAAAUAUAUAUUGAUAUUGCUACAUUGAGAAUUCCAUUUGGUGUAUUCAUUAUUGAAGAAAUAAUUUAAUUCUUUUGAGCUGUAAUUACACUACUUUACUGUGUUUGAGCUUUCUGUGAGGAAAAUAUUCCUGUUGUUCCAGUAGAUUUCUUUUGCAGAGUGAAGUCAUUACAGCGGUGUGUCUUUGUGUUGACAUUUGUUGGCAGUGUGCUAAGAAUAUGUUUUUUAAAGCGCAGGCUUGAGGACCACAGUUUACAUCCUGUUGGAAAUUCUCCAACAGGGACUUGCAUAUUGCACCCAAGAGAUUUACAUGCAUACCAUUUUGCCAUCUGUGUAGUCAAAUAAGUUGCAAUGAAAAGUUAAAUGUACACAUUGAGAAUGAAAAUGUUUUUAUUUUUAAAAACAACUUUUUUUUUUCAAUUUAGAAAAGUAGUGAUGCAUUAGGUUUUCAAUUAACAUUGAAAAAGUGGAGGUCAAUGUGAUCCUGUAUUUCUGUAUUUGUGUGAAGUCUUACUGUGAAAAAGGUGUUGAGUGUUUUAGUGUCGUAUUCAGUAACACAUUUUAAGACCAGCAACACAGAUGGAGACCAUCCAGAGUUACAAAGAUACACAAGCAGAAUUUUGGAUUUUGUUCUUUUUUUUGAGGUGGGAAGGGGGAACACUAUGAUUUGAAGUUACAAAUUUCUCAGUAGAUGUGGAUGAUAUUGAGGGAAGGUCUACAUGAACUUGAGUCAAGACAAAAAAGGGAAUUUAAAAAUUUCUCAAUUUUAAAAAAUCAUAACACAAGUUUGCUCUGAACAGGCUUCAAGAGAAGACAACUCUUUUAUUAUGAAGGGGGAAAACAGUUUUUUCCUUGAUUUUCUUUUCCCCAAAUGUAUAUGAUUAAGAAUUUUAAUUUUUAACUUAAAAUGUUUU